AUACAUUAUUAUAUGAUAAAAAUAAAAUAUAUGAUAAAUAAAAUCCCAGGGUGAUGUGUGAUUUUGACUCAUUUGCUGUUCCUGGUCAAAUUGAAAGACCAUGACCCGCUAUAAAACCGCACCUUUUUUUCCUUCCAAAUCAGUUUGCAAACUCUUGUUCACUUGCCUAAACCUCUACACCACCACCCUCUUCUCUAGUACUAUAUAACCAACCAAAUUUGCUGUUCUUCUUCAGCAAAAUCCAACACUCUCUACAAUCUACAUUCAACCCUGCAAUGUUUCCAUUUUGUUUCUGAAUUUUCCAUCACUUUUCAAACUCAAAGAUUGAGUCAGAGAAAGGGACAGGGUCAAUGGUUUUAGGGGAGUGAAACUAAGCAUUAACACCUACCAUUUCAGUUUUCACUACCCUACACUUUCAACCCAUUAUUACCCUUUACCUCACAGGAACAUAACAUAACACACCCUGUUUUUUUUUUUUGGUCUUUUUCAUUACCUACCUUUAACCUUUACCAUUCUCAUGUUAGGAGAAGAGGGUAACGGCGGCGGUGGCGCUCCCCGGAGACCAUACCCGCGUUCAGUUUCCUGGACCGACCGGAAGCUGCUGGCGCGCAACAGACCGAGACCGUCUCUUCCGCCGCUUCAGCCUCUGUCCAUCACCCGCCGCAGCGUGGAGGACUGGCCGAGCGCCGGAUCUGACGAUCUCGGCGUUUGGCCGCAGCAGGCACAGACUCCGAGAGGGACUUCACCCGCCUCUGAGCCGGGUCGACCCGGUUUGGAAUUCGAGUUCCAGAAGGACAAGCUCGCGUUCUACGACAAGGAGUGUUCGAGGAUCGCGGAGCACGUGUAUCUCGGAAGCGACACGGUGGCGAAGAACCACGGGCUUCUCCGGCAGAAUGAAAUCACGCACGUGCUGAACUGCGUCGGGUUCGUGUGCCCUGAGUAUUUCAAGAGCGAGUUCGUCUACAAAACGCUCUGGCUUCAUGAUUCCCCAUCAGAGGACAUCACCAGCAUCCUGUACGAUGUUUUCGAUUACUUUGAGGAUGUUCGUGAACAGAAGGGUCGUGUCCUCGUACAUUGUUGUCAGGGGGUGUCUCGAUCAACCUCUCUGGUGAUAGCAUACCUCAUGUGGAGGGAGGGGCAGAGUUUUGAAGACGCGUUUCAUUAUGUGAAGAAUAUGAGGGGUGUCACCAAUCCAAACAUGGGUUUUGCUUGUCAACUUCUUCAGUGUCAGAAGAGGGUUCAUGCUUUACCUGCAAGUCCUAAUUCUAUUGUGAGAAUGUAUAGAAUGGCUCCUCAUUCUUCUUAUGAUCCUCUUCAUUUGGUUCCUAAGUCGGUGACUCAUCCUAGUGCUAAAGCACUUGAUUCUCGUGGGGCUUACAUUGUUCAUGUUCAUGUUCCUUCUGCUAUUUAUGUGUGGAUUGGGAAGCAUUGUACCUCUGCCAUGGCUUGUAAUGCGAAAUCGGCAGCCGUUCAGGUUAUUCGAUACGAGAGGGUGACCGGUUCGGUUCACAACAUUGAUGAAGAUGAAGAGCCAUUGGAGUUUUGGGCUGCUCUUUCUAAUUAUCAGCAAUUUGGAGAUGUCAAGAAGGAUGUUGAAAGAAUGGAGAUUGAUGUUGAAAUUGAUACCGGAAUUCGUCCGAGGAACGUCGAGGAGUAUGAUUUGGAUUUUGAGAUUUUCAACAAGGCACUUGCUGGUGGGGUUGUUCCACCUUUUUCUCUGUCUGAUGUUGCUGGAUCAGAAACUUGUCUUCCUGCUAGAGAAGUUGGUUGGGGGAGACUGAGAAGGAAGCUUGCUAGUGGUAUCAUGAAAGGGCUGUUCAAUUCCCCUAAAUGCAGUGACACAACCUCAUCCAAAGAUGAAUCAGGUGUGAAAAUGGAUGAGGAAAAUCAGCAUCCUGUGGUUGAUCUUGAUCCUUUACCGCCAUCCUCAAAAAACCAUGUUUGUGAUGGUUCAUCAGAGUACUGUGAACUUGUUGCUAGGGUUGAUUCAUCCCUGCCACCAUCAGAUUCUUUUCCUAGUAUCCUAAGAAGCAGCCAAAAAUUCAGUUCCAAGGCAUCAACAAUUUCUCCUAACAGUUCUGAGUGUGCCAGUUCUUUUACAUCUUCACCUUCCUCUCAGCAGCCAUCACUAUCUGAAUCAACUGAACCCUUUUGCUUCAAAGAUGUGGCUUUCUCUGAAAGACCCUCUUCACUUCACAAUUCAUCUUCAGGUGCAUUUUUAGCUAACAAAGGAUCUGCCCCCUCAAUUGCAGAGCGCAGAGGGAGUAAACCGCCUCGCAUGUUGCUUCGUUCAGCCAGUGAAUCAGAAAACGCCCGCAGGAUUGUAAGAUCACAGUCAUUUGCUUUGCCUGACAUGGAUGGUGACUUGAUGAAGAAUGUUAGUUGCAAGAAAUCUGAUGGUGAACAGAAAGGAAAUUAGCUAGUAUCAGAUGAAGAUAUCAUUAAUACACCUGUUGAUAGUGAGAUUAGUAGCAGUGGCAGAGGAUCAUUGUAGUAUGGGAAUGUUAUGCUUCAAGUAGAGCAGUUAAAGAAAAAGUUAACCCGAUGAUAAUUGUUCAAUUUAGUCUGUAUAGCCAUAGUUGAGCUCAUAUGAUCUAUUUUUGGAGGGUUUUCUUAAUAUUGGUGCAUAUGACUGUAAGGAGUAGAGUAGGCUGAGCAAUAAAUAUCUACACAGAUGAAAUGCAGAGCAUCUGAAAGUACAUAACAAUGAUCAAAUUUAAGAGAAUGUUAAGGCUAUUUUUUCUCUUC